AUGAACGGAAUCGACGGUAGUAACACCACUUUAUCAUACAACGCACACAGCCUGCCUUUAUCCAUCCUAACGUUUAUCUUGUCGACUGGUGGAGCCAUUAACAACGGCCUUUUGCUGUUAGCGAUCUUCUUCGACCCCUGCCAUAAUCUCCGUACACCGAGCUCGGUACUGGUCACAAACCUUGCAAUAACCGACUUGCUAAACUCUUUGAUAGCGGGGUAUGGCACUUUUGUAUUCGACGUGUAUAAGUAUAAACACUGGGAGUUCAACCAGGCUGCUCUAUUGGCCAUUAUCGUGUCGAGCGCGUUGGCUACCGUCUGUGGCACUUGCUGCAUAAUGUUGAUGAUGGCGGAGAGAUACAUGGCCGUGAUCCAUCCAUUUUUCUACAAGGUCAAAGUCAAACGUGAAAGGGUUAAAUUCGUAGUAGCUCUAACAUGGAUAUACAGCUUGGCUUUCAACUUGUUGCCUAUAGCGGGGGUCAACAGGCAGCUCUACGGGUUCAUCCUAUGCCACUUACACGUGACGAUUCCCGCGCUUAUCAUCGGAAUUGUCUAUCCAAGGCUUAUCGUAAUUUACCGAAAACGACUCGUGCUAGGUAAUGGUAUUCCUGUGGCGAGUAGGCACGAGCAGACUGGACGCGAACGGAAGUUUACCUCCGCUAUUCUGGCUAUAGUGAUUUGCUUCUAUUUAAGUUUUCUUCCCUACUACGUUGCUCUGAAUAUCAUAUAUUUCCACCCUAAUCGGCACGACGUGGUUAUUCAAGUAUUCAUCGAGGUGUGUUUUGUUGUACUGCUCUCAAGUAAUAUGAUAAACCCAAUAGUGUACGCUCUGCGGGUUCCCAAGUACAGAAAAGCGAUUCAAGCCAUACUUGGCACCAAGGACGCUGCUGUAGGCUCAUCGACUUUGACAAAGACAAGAACAGGACAGUAA